GGUGUCCACAUAUACUGGGACAAGCCGAGGGCACGGCAGUAUCUGGAGCCUCGGGAACUUCGAUAUCUCCGGGAUCAUGAGGGCCUGGAUCCUUCUCAUUGUAGUGGCCGUCACCUGCAGCUGGGUCUCCGGCGCUGCAGAGGCCGAAGAGGAUGCAGAGCAUGAGAGCACUGGCCUGUACACGGCUCCAGACUCUUGCAAGAGACGCUGCCACGAGCGGUUCAACAAGAGGGACCCCUGCCACUGCAACACCAAGUGUGAGAAGUACCAGAACUGCUGUGAGGAUUAUCACACCUACUGCAGCCAGGGUGGAAAACAGGAGGACAACGAGGCUGUACAUGCUCACAGCUCUGAGGGCUUCUCCCAUGCCCGGGAUGCCAUCACCGACGAGGAUCUCCUGCGCAUCUCAGAGAAGCUGUACAAGGCUGACCACAACCGGGCCCAGGAGGCGGAUGUCACCAUCAACCCGCAGCACUUCGCCUCUGCCGGCCAGACCGAUGACCAAGUGGACCGUUCUUCUGAGCCACUCUACACCUACGUCAACGAGCGCCUCUUCUCCAAGCCCACCUAUGCCAGCUUCAUCAAGCUGCUGGACAACUACCACCGCCAGACGGGCACGGGCGAGAAGAUGACUGCACAGCAGCAAGCGGAGCAGGACACAUUUCUCCAGGAGGCCAUGAACACAGCCCUCAUGAAGGAACUCUAUGGCUUCCUUCACCAGAAAGGUCGCUAUGGCUCCGAGGAGGAGUUUGUUGCUGAUCUGAAGGAGAUGUGGUUUGGCUUGUACUCCAGGGGCAAGGGUGAAGGCGACUCCAGCGGCUUUGAGCACAUCUUCUCAGGCGAAGUGAAGAAAGGGAAGGUCUCCGGCUUCCACAACUGGAUUCGCUUCUACCUGCUGGAGAAGGAGGGCCAGGUCGACUACUACAGUCACAACUACGAUGGGCCGUGGACCUCGUACCCUGACGUGCUGGGUCUGCAGUUCAACUGGGAUGGGUUUUACAAGGAGGUGGGCUCUGCCUUCAUCGGCUGCAGCCCCGAGUUCGAGUUCGGCCUCUACACGCUGUGCUUCAUUGCCCGGCCAGGCAAGGUGUGCCGCCUGAGUCUCGGGGGCCACAAGCUGGGCAUCCAGACCUACACCUGGACCAAGUCCACCUAUGGCAACGGCCGGAAGUACAUCGCCACAGCCUACGUGACAUCCUCGUGAGGCUCUCCCUUUCCCUCCCCCAUGCAUCCAGCUACCCCAGGAGGCUUCAGAUGCUGCAGCAGACUCAGAGAGAGCGGCGCUGGGAGGUCCUUGCUCCUGCUGGCUGGGGGAGAGGGGGGAAAGGCUCUUCCCAUCACCAGCGCUGUACUCAGGAGGGCAGGAUCCUGAUCCUGGGGGGGUGGGGGCAGCCUUCUGCUGCGCGGGGCACAGGUCACCCCGUCAAUCCCUUGCCACGGAGAGGAGGACGGAGGCUGGCCCGAGUCCUCGCGUGGGCAGCAAGGUGCCACGGGUCUGUGCAGGGCAUUAAAGUGCGAGGACACCCUCUG